CCCAGGGAUACAUGGGUCGGAGACUAAUUACUAGACAACUGGGCCACGCCUCGUUACUGCGCAUUGUAUAUAGCACGAUAAAUGCGGGGCAUGUCACCCAAGGAGCACCGCUCUCAAAAACCAUGUCCGAGACGACUGAGUGGCGCGUCUUUAUUGGCAACUCUUCCCAUCUCCCAACUCUCGACUUACAGGAUGCGCCCAGUACCCCUCCCCGGCCACUUAGAUAUACGGCCUUGGCGGUCCACCGAGCCGGUGCGUACUGACGUGUAUGUGCCGUGUUCUCCAAGGUCAGAGGUAAAACUUCGCUAUGGCCAGCAACUGGAACUGAAACUUCGAUUGGAGAGACAUGAAAAUGGAGCCGAAAAAUGGCUGAAGCCACUGGUGGAGGACGUGUUCCAUCCUUAUGAUCAUAAAAAUAUCCAAAGUAUAAAGCCCUUUUUGGCCAAAUUGGUUACAAAAUUACAGAAAGAGUUGGUGUGAUUGAGAUAAGUGGUAUAAAGAUGAGAAGAAAAAGACCUGAUCUGUACCGAAGGUCUGCAAGCUAAAGAGCAAGCAGCCUCAACAGAAAACUCACAUAGUUAGAGAUUGCUACAAUAAACGAUUAAAUUGAGUUUUUAUUGGAAGCUUGGAACUGUUGAGGUAUGGACAAAGGUAGUGAUAUGUGCAUACAUUGUUGGGGUCAAAGUGGGUAAUGAAGUGGUUCCAGAAGUGCUCUCUCAGUUUAGCCCGAGUGGUUGGAAUAGACAAACUAGUGCCGAGUAAUGGCAAAGAGUUCCACAGUCGUGGGAUUCGGUAGAAAUAAAAGUGACCUUGGAAAUUAGUUUUUGACACUUUAUGACGAAGCUUUAGAUACGAAGAUCAUCGGGUAGUUUUGGAGAUGCUAAAAGAGAUAUAAUCUUCAAUAUUAAAACGAUGUGACGGAUCUUUCAGUGAUUUGGUGAAAAACAUAAUGUCUGCGAUUUCAUACUCCAUCAUUAGUGGGAUCAUUUUGAGGCUGAUUAGUCUGUCACGAUAAUCCAUAGAAAAAUUUUUGAUAAUGAACUUAGUUGCUCUCCUCUGCACAGAUUCAAGACUUCUAAGAGUUGUGGGCGCCACAAGGGAGAACAGUAUAGGAGAUGAGAACGGAUGAGGGAGAGAUAGAGACAGCGUUUAGCAGAGAUAUUACUGACAGAUGAGAAAAUACGACAUAUCAACCCAAGCAUUUUGUAAGCCCUGCGUAUAAUUAAUAAGUAGUGAGGUUUCCAGAUGAUAAAAUCACUCCAAGGUCCUUCUGAGUACCGACUGAAGAUAAGGUUGUGUUGUUGAUGGUGUAGAAAAGAAUUGCAUUAGAUAGACUUCUAGUAAAACGAAUGAUAGACAUUUGUUCUCGUUGAAAGAGAGCUUCCAAAAUGGAGCUCCAGUCAGCUAAUAAGGAUAGGUCAGAUUGCAGAGAAAGACAGUCAGCCCUCGAUGAAAUAGGCCAAAAGCAUUUAGCGUCAUCAGCAAAAAGCAGACAUUGACCGUUUAUCUGGGAGAUCGUUAAUAGAGAUGAGAAAUAAAAGUGGUCCCAGAAUACUGCCCUGAGGGACCCCAGAGAUGACAGGUAAAAUUCCUGAAGUUGAAUUGCCAACUGACACAUACUGAUGCCUAUCAGUUAGAUAUGCUUUAAACCACAUCCAAAGGCUGCCAGUGAUACAAAAAUUCCAGAGUUUAAGCAAGAGUUCGUUGUGGGAAACAGAGUAGAAUGCCUUCCUGAAGUCU